AUGGACGACAUUACUCGCAACGUUCGCUACCAUCUCUUCCAGUUCUACUUGAGAGAAUGCCGCCCACCCACUGUCGACGAAUUGGCCCAGGAAUCUGGUCUCCAGUCGUCUGAAAUUCCUCCCAUUCUUCAGCAGCUUGAGGAUUCACACCAUAUUGUGCUUUACAAACAUGAGUCCUGCGCGCCAACUCCCAUUGCAAUGGCCCAUCCCUUCUCCCAUCUCCCGACUCCUUUCGUUGUGUCCCAAGGCUCUCGGAACUGGUGGGCUAACUGUGCUUGGUGCGCAUUCGGUCUCGCCGCAAUGCUCUCCCCAGCGAAAACAACCGUAUCAGUUCGAUCCGGCUCCAUUGACAAGGACCUUCAGUUUAUCAUUGAAGAUGAUAAGAUCGAAUGCCUGAGUCCUCAGGGAGACGUCAACGCAAGUGACUACUGCGUGCAUUUUUCCGUCCCACCUUCCACCUGGUGGCGGGACGUUCGUUUUGCAUGCGGAACUAUUCAAUUCUUCGCAUCGAAGCAAGAGGCCCAGGAUUGGCCUUGGAAGCAUGCUUUCCACACUAGAGACAUCUUGAGCAUGGAUCAAAUUUGGCAAUUAUCCAAGGCCUGGUAUCAUAAUAAACACGAGCAUGACUAUGAUCGGAAAACUCCAGCAGAAGUUGAGGAAUUAUACACACGGUUGGGAAUGACUUCGGAUUUCUGGAAGUCUUAA